GAUUGGUUCAUGGUGUUGAUGUUUUGGUGUGUGUAGAGCAGUAAGAUGGGUGUGGAGGCCGUGGUGGCUCUGCUGGAGGCGACUCCGGAGACGUCUGCGUGUGUGAUCAGUCUGUCUGGGAAUCAGGCCAUGCGUCUGCCGCUCAUGGAGUGCGUGAACAUGACGAAAGAGGUUCAGAAAGCCAUGAACGAGAAGAGGUUUGAAGAAGCCAUUCAGCUGCGUGGAAAGAGUUUUGAGAACAACUGGAACACGUACAAGCUUUUAGCUCAUCAGAAACCAGCUCUGUCUAAGAGUAAUCACUCUAUGGCGAUCCUGAACGUCGGCGCUCCGGCCGCGGGGAUGAACUCCGCUGUGAGGUCUGCGGUUCGAGUGGGACUCGCUCACGGUCACCGGGUUUACACUGUCCAUGACGGCUUCGAGGGUCUGGCCAAAGACGCGGUGAGGACCGCUGACAUGAGAGUGU